AUGGUGUUAUCAUCUGCUGGCAAGAAAUGGAAGGAUUUCAAGUCUACAUUAAUAAGGCAUCAUAUCCUUCCAUUCAUCACUGAGAAGGAGAACACAGAGGAGAGAGAAUGCGAGUACAAUCAUCGAUUGUCUCGAAAAGGAUAUGUUGGUUUGGAGGAUGAUUUGGAAGAAAGCAUGCCAAAGGUAGAAAUUGAUCGAUCUACCUUGUGGAAGAAAGCUAGAGAAGACAAACACGAUAGCAUCCCCAAUCAAAAGGUUGCAGAGAAAGCAAAAUUAAUUGAUAAUUGCAAAAACAAUUCAGUGAAGGCACUCUUACUGUCUCUGGAAGUAAUGAUGUGUUGA